CCCGCCCCCCAACAAGGUCAGUGUUCCUCUCCAUUCGGCGCUCGGUUCCCCCGGGGCAGUGACUCAAGCCCACACUGGGAUCCUUCGUGCACUUCAAACCACCGAGUAGGCAACGCGCAAAUAUAAACAGCUUUUCAGCAUGGCUGAAUCUGGAUCUCCAAGCUUGGUGUGUGACCAUCCAUCACCUCAGCCAAGUGCACCAUGUGCCAUCCUGCAGCUGUGUGGAAAAUGUGGGAGUCAGUCGACUGCCACACAUCAUUACCAGAAGGGGGAAUCUGUUGUCAUUGCACCAGGAUAUACCUUGUCUCGGACCAAGAGUAACAUUAGUGUCUCCCUGUGUGAUGAAUUCUUCAAUCGACCCAAGCUUGUCAAGAAAUAUGUUUCAAGGCCUGCACCAGAGAAGGAUACGGAGCAGCUGGUCACAGACCUGCAGCAGCAGAUCACUCAGCUCGUCCAGUUACUGGAACAGGAGAGUCACAAGCAAAUGACCGUAGAGAGAAAGUUUCAGAAUGAGAACAAGGAGGUAAAGUUGUUGUUGGAGAAGAAGCAUGAAGAACACAUGAGUGAAAUCACAGCCAUCCAUGCUCUUGAAAUCAAGGUGAUGAAUGAGAAAUUUGAAAAGGCGAUGGUGGAGAUCAAGAUGGAUGCAGAGAAGCAGUAUGCUGAGCUAAAGGGACAACUUAAUAAUGCACAGGCUGCAUUUAUGUCUUAUAAGGAAUCCAUCAUUGAAGAAAUGAACGAAAACUGGUCACAGAGAGAAGCUGAAAUGAACAAGCAAUUUGAAGCAGACAAGAGAAUGGAGCUUAGCCUGCAGGAGAACACCUUGAAAGAGAAAUGUGACCUAGAGAAAAAAUUAAUUGAGCAGCAAUUCCAAGAACAGAUUACUUCCAUGCUUGAGGAGCACAAAACUGAAAUGGAGGAAGCUGCUAGCAAGUACAAUGCCAUUUCUGGCACACUCGAUGAGCUGACAAAAUCAAGGCAGGAGAUCCAGAAUCUGCAGCAGCAACUGGAAAACAAGACAGAAGAGCUACUGCAUCAGACUGAACAUCUCAGCCAUGUCAUGGGACGACUACAGUCAAUGGAAGCUAAGCUGACUGAAUAUGAAGGACUCUACAAGGCAGAAAUAGGCACUCUGCAGGGGAAAUAUUUGCGUUCCAUAGAAGCUUUAGAAAAUCAAAACAUGGAUCUGAAGCAAUUGUUUGCUCACAAAGCUGAAGAGUUAUGUGCCCUGAAGGCCAAAAUAGAGGAGCAAGAGAGAAAACAGAGGCUUAAAAUGAAAGCAAGUCUCCAGGUCACUUUACAAGAACAAAACAAGGUCAAUGCAAGUGAUACAGAUGAUAAAUUGCAGCCAGAAUCUCCUCUGGCUCCUCAAACAGAUGGGAGCAACCCACAAGGCUAGCACUUGUCCAUCUGCAUCAUGGUCAAAGGAGCUGAGUAUAAGAUUUGUAUGUACAGAGCAAAGAUCAGCAACUACACUCCAUGGUACAUUUUUGCUUGGUUCAAAUGUACAA